CAGGCAGCAGUCCGCAUGGCCGGAAGCCGAUUUAGGGCCGGCGCACUUCCGGUUGUGCCUCCUCUUCCUCCUGCACCUACUGAGCUGCGGGGGCGCCUCACCGCUGUGGAAGUAUCAGCACAGUCUAGGCCUGAACCUGCUGGAGGAGAUGUCAGAGGACCCAAAGCUGAAAUACUUGUCCGGACCCUAUUUGUCAGUGGUCUUCCUCUGGAUAUCAAACCUCGGGAGCUCUAUUUACUUUUCAGACCAUUUAAGGGCUAUGAGGGCUCUCUUAUAAAGCUCACGUCUAAGCAGCCCGUAGGUUUUGUCAGUUUUGACAGUCGCUCAGAAGCAGAAGCUGCAAAAAAUGCUUUGAAUGGCAUCCGCUUCGAUCCUGAAAUUCCGCAAACACUACGACUAGAGUUUGCUAAGGCAAACACGAAGAUGGCCAAGAACAAACUAGUAGGAACUCCAAAUCCCAGUACUCCUCUGCCCAACACUGUACCUCAGUUCAUUGCCAGAGAGCCAUAUGAGCUCACAGUGCCUGCACUUUACCCCAGUAGCCCUGAAGUGUGGGCCCCGUACCCUCUGUACCCAGCGGAAUUAGCGCCUGCUCUACCUCCUCCUGCUUUCACCUAUCCCGCUUCACUGCAUGCUCAGUGUUUCUCUCCUGAGGCAAAGCCCAACACACCUGUCUUUUGUCCACUUCUCCAGCAAAUUAGAUUUGUCUCUGGGAAUGUGUUUGUCACAUAUCAACCUACUACAGACCAGCAGAGGGAGCUCCCAUGUUGAAUUUGUUUGUUAGCUUUUACCCCCUUUUGCAAAAACUAUUUCUUGGCAACAUUUGAGAGAUUCAAUAAAAAUUUUACUCAGAAAAAAAAAAAGAUCUCAAGUAGACUGCAGCGUUUUGUUUUCAUGGUGAUUCAGUUUUGGAUCAAAGGUUUUCAUCUCUGAGGUUCUGGGAGAAUUGGGCCCUUGACAACUAAGUGUGUUACACAGGAGGAGGACUCAGAAAGAGCACCUAGGAAGACUGCGCCUCAUCACUGCUGCCUGCAUCUUCUUGGGCUCCCAAAUACCACAACCUGCGUACUGCAAGAUUCUCAUCCCAGCCUCCACAUCUCCUACGGGAGAGCUUGCUUCACCAGGCAUGACAUGACUAGCUAGUGGAUACCUGUUCGCAACAAGUGGAUGUAUUUGCCAGCUUGCCUGCUGGGAUCCAGAGGAAGGAGGACCCAAGAGAUGGAACUUGUCCUUAAAAAGAAGUUGGGUCACAUUUCUAGUUGUGCUCCAGUUACAGUCACGAUCUGGUUCCCCCUUAGAUGUCCUGGUUGUAAUCUUACGAUGCUGUUUGCAUUCAAAUCCCACUGUGUAAGAACUCACUGCCCAAGAGGACUGUGUGUGGCCUUAUGUUUUUAAGGAGGAAAGAGCAAUCCUGUGCGAGAAACAUCUGAUGUUUAAGAUCAUUACCACUGUUAGAAGUGAACAUCUAGCCUUCUUUCAGGGUCAUUGCUAUUCGAAAUUUAUUAAAUAUAUUGUGUAAGUCACUCUGAGUAGAAGUUUCACCCACCACCAUCUGGAAAGUUAUGCACGGAAGACAAUAUCCAGCUCUUCAUGUUGCCUUCUGCUCACACAUGUCUGCCUUUAAAGUCCAGGUUCAUCUUUUGCUUUUAGGCUUGGUGUCUUGGGGCAGAGAGAAAUUGUCAGUAAGGCACACUGCCCUCCACGUUCUAGAAAUGCAACAGCACCUGUCUUCCACUGGAGCCUGUCAGAGUUGGACCAGAAACAUUUGCAGAGAUGCGGGGCUGAGAGACCCGGUUGCCUGUUGCCUCUUGGGAGAUUCAUUCAUCUCACAUCACCCCAGUCCUUUCAGGAUGUGUGCAGCCUGCUGCACAGCUCAGGAUUGAACACAUCACUUACGCUACAGAAACAGAACACUUCAAAGAGCUGACUUCUUGGGGGCAUGCCCCUCGGGAGGUGCCUUGUGACACAGUGGAAAAUUUUUAAAGGUUAAACCCAAAAUAAAUACAGAAGUGGGCCAUGGGAAAAGAGACAUAGGCAAGGAGGUUGGGGAGAUUGCAGAGAUAGAUGGGCCUAGGUCGGUGCUCUAGGGCUGUUCCCAUCGGCUAAGCAUUUACUCGGCAGCGGGGGCUCACUUCUGGGAACUGCAUUUUGGGACAUUUUUUUGUUUUAAAAGUAUCAGUAAGCAUCUCUGUCCCUCACUACUGCCUUAUGGAGGAUACCAAGAAAAACAGAGGAACCUGCAGUGUGAUAUGAGGAGUGGUGGCGCAGAGUGUAACACAGUAUAUAGAUUUAGAAAUUCACAGAGCCCCUUGGAAAUCAUCUUCAUCCCAGGGCAGCUGCCAUCCUACCCAGGCACCUGUGGCAAAGAGUCUUACUUUUCAGCCUCUAACUCCUAUUUUUCAGGCCAUAGCGAUUGCUGCAUUGGUGGCUGUAUCUAUGAGUGAGUGACGUGUGAACAAAACAGUCUCUAAUACCCAGGAAGGUGCUGUACCCCCAGGUGCAUCCUGGAUGCCAAAAAUAAGGAAAGGACUGGGGGAGCGUGGGCUUUUGCUUCUGUGAAUCCCAGAUGGCAUCAGCUCCUAACCCUGGCCAUCAACAUCCAUUGUCUUCCUCAGAGCUGCUUCUUGGGCCUGUCCCAAAGACCCAGGCUUUGAAGGACUGUGCAAGUUGCUUGUGGUGCUGAGCAGCCCAAGGCUUGCAGUUGCUUGCAGACAUAAAGGAAACUAUUAAUCCAGUCUGCGAGUCCAGACUGGGGAGAAACCAUCCUGAGUGCUGUUUCCUGAAAUGUUAGCCCUGCCUUGUUGGGUUUUCUAAGAGCAUCUAGCUUGGUGUUCACAGGAGACAGGCAGGUAGGCCAGAUGGGCAGCAUUAGCCCCUGCGAACAGUCUAUGCCUCCCCUAGUUACUAUGAGUCUCCUUUUCCUUCUGUGGGCAGACCUGUGCUAUCACUUGGGCCAUUCCAGGAGUACGCCAGUGUCUUUAGUCCACAGAAGACAGGCCAGGCUGGGAACACAGGGCAGGACGUGUCCACCUACCAAAAAUGUUCCUGUGAUGGGCAGCACAUCAAGAGUGGGAAACAGCUGAAGUCCCAGAGCAGGACAUUGUUUCUCAUUGCUUUACAUGGAGCCACUGUCCCAGAACUUUCCAGCUGUUGCCUUAUCUCUUUCCUAUCAGAAACUGGAGGAGAAAGACUAUACACACACACACACACUCUCCCUGGUUUUUUUUCACAGUCCUAGUGUACUAGGAUUUGCCCAGCUUCCUUGGCUGGCUUGGGCCUUGGGAGAUAUAACCCACUCCUGGCCAAGUAAAUGAUCUCCCUGGUGACCCUGUCCAUCCCUUCCCCAAAUCUGUGCUGGCAUUUGGCAAGCUAAGGAACUUUUUCAUAAGACAGCGAGAAACAUUCUCCCUGUUUGUUGCCAGUAGCCCUUUAGGAGCACUCCAAGCUUUUACCAAUUCCAGCCAUGCUAGAAAUACUUGUUCCUUUAGCCAGAGCAGCUGUACUGAAUCCAGACAGUCCCCUACUGGCAGCUUUCUAAAACUAGACAGUCCCUAUGUGUAUGCUUGUGCGGCCCUGGCCAAAGUUCCCAAGCGGCGGAUUACCCCAGAAGUCAGGACUGGGAGAACAGCCCAGAGUGGGCCUGCAGCCAGGUGCACCUUAGCUGGUGCACUGCGCGUUCAGGGUUCUUAAGCAUGUCCCACACUGUCCUCUGUAAAGGCAGGCUCCCUGGGUCCUGUGCAGACUGUCCCUGACCGUACUUGUCAGAGUCCAAGUCCAAGUCUCAUCAAGUCACUCCUGCAAAUUGUGCUGGUGAGCUCAGCCUCCUACACUUGCUAACAAAUGUGUGGCCCCACUGCACAGUUGACAAAACCAAAUUGUAAUGAGUUAUUAGACACAGCAUAAUUAGAGAUUUUAGGCAAGUUUUUUUUUCAAUCAUCGUGCCUAUUUCCUUAUCUGAGAAGAAAAACCCUUACCUCUUGUAGUUACUUUGAAGUAAAGAGUUAAGUGCAUCGGCUAGAGUAGGAAUUAUUAAAAUAUUUCUUCCAGUACCUGCCCUUUGUAAGCACUUGAUCUAAUCUGGUGCAGGUCGGAGGUCCCGGAGCCUUCCCUGUGAGUGUGAGAAGCACAUCAACACUAUGCCUCCAGUCCGGGGAUCUUAGGGCCUGGGCUUUGUUCUUGGGUCCAGAAGAGAAGUAGCUGGAGCAGGGCACUGAUGUUAAGUGGCCUGCAGUGUGGACUGAGGAGGCCCUGUUGGGGGUCAGCUGGAGUCCACCAGACAUUUUGACCCCUCUCCACACAGGUACCUGUUAGUGCCCAGAAGUGUACAAGGCCUAACUGCUUUGGAAAGAAACCCAAGACUACAAAGAAACUUUGGAAUUAUACAACAUAAUCUUCAUAGAAGGAGAAAGUGACCUUUUCCUUGAAGGAAACCAGUUGUGACAGGGCGAGAAGGAAAAUCAACUCCAAAUGGGAUCAUGUUUUAUUCAGGGUUUGUUCUGCCAGUGGGGAGGGCCAGCACCCAGUGACAGGAUGGAAAGCGGGACACCCCAACUUCAAGCGUCAUGCGUUCCGCCACAAAGCUCUGCGCGCUUCACUGAGCGCCCCUCCUGGGGACCUCUAAUGGCCCUUGAUAGCAAACAUAGUUAAAAAUUAAUAGGCUGACAGAAUUAAAUAUGGAUGACAAGCAACCGCUGUGGACUUAGUCUGACACAGGGUGUUACACGCUUGGGUGCCCUCAGCUCAAGUGGCGUCUUGAAUGAACUUGGAGAUGUCUUAGCACGUUUCACAUGCUUGUUUGGAACCAGGAGCCUGACUUGUGCUUAGGACAGACAGGAAAACAAGUUUAAAAGCCCAGGAGAAGAAACUGUCCCUGAAGGCCUGUGGUGAAUUCAAGCCAGCCUUGACUGGUCUUAGCGGGCAGUGUCCACUGUCCUAGAGCCUCGCUGUCCCACCCAGACCUCAGUGGAUGGAGCCUGGCCUUCUCCAGUCAUGGCUUUCAUGCGCACCACCUUUCCAGCUGGGCUGAUGAGACGGCAGGCCUGUUAACUUCUUGCCAAGGUGGUAGCAAGGUGUUUAAUUGCCCUAGGCUGGGAGUAGCAAGUGCCUGACAAGUGGGAGGGUUGACUGCAGUACGUGCUCUGUGUGGAUGCUGAAAGAGUGUUGGCAGCUAGCUUGGUGUGGCAGAGCAGCAGGGGGUCACUUCAGAAGGGACCUUCAGUGAGCCCCAUUUAUGCAGAGCAGACAUGUUGAAAAGUCUUUUCUCAGUCUGUGGCAGUGCUUUAUUAGACACAAGGAGGUCUGCUGUUUGAAAACAGUAGGUACUACAAGGAGAAUAGCCUUUAUAUUGCAAUUCAUAACUCCAGUCUCUUGGGCGAGUGUGGAGUGUUUUGGGGCAGAAUGGGCUUCAGCCUGCAUCCCCUCUUCAGCCUCGCAGCCCAACAACCUGCUGAAGGUCCUCAUGGGGUUUCCUUGAUGAUCCUGCCCAGGAGGAGAUCCCAAGGUCUGCAGUGAGAGAGGCAAAAUUGCUUUUCAUUAAAGCAGUGUGUGAGUGGCUUGCUGCCAGGGGCUCAGGGCCGGGGAAGCCCCCUCAGAGGAAUAGAGGGCUCCAUUGGGGGACAGUAAUAAAAACCUGCCUAAGACUGUCCGGGACUUAAAAGCCAAUCAGUUUGUUGGAGUCACUCACAUACAGUACUUGCUUGAGGUACUGUUUUUAUUUUUUUUCAAAGAGGGACAGCUUUGCUCUGAACGUCAUAAUGAGCAGCUCUGUGCUAGCAGUGGGAAAGAUAAGAGGACACCUGCCCCCCGCCCCCGACAUCCAGCCCCCUGGCUGGUGUGCAGGUCUUCCGUGCAAAGAAGUUUCCUUAGGAGGUAGGAACUUGGGUCUCACAAUGGCAUCUAAGCCACCUCGAUCCUAAAAAAGUCAUCACUGGCAGGGGCCUUCCAGAUGAACAUUUCUCAAGGCUCACAGGAAUUAAUAGCUGUCACACAAUCAGAAGGUUCUGUGGUCAGAAAAACUUGGGCAAGGAAGGGAUCGAUCAAAUCUUAAUUUUCUUUCUGUAUUUCUGUCUUGUUUGUUUUCAUUUCAUUGUAUUUUUUGCUUUUGGGAAUUUCUCAAGAACCUUUUGUGUGCCACGUAUAAGAAGAACCUGUGGCAGCCAUGCUCUGUCAUUUGUUGGCCUCCAGGCAAGCUUCCGAUGGGUCUUCCAGCCGCACUUGUAGAACCCACUGAAGAGCAGACAAAUGUGUGUGUUGAAUUCACCUUGAGGGCUGUUGAAAGUAUGUCAUAGCCAGGUGUGGGGGCCCUCACCUGUAUCCCGGCACGUUGGGACACUGAGGCAGGAGGGCCACAGAUUUUAGCCUAGCCUGAGCAAUUUUGCAAAACUUUUUCA